UAUUCGAGGACAACCUUGGCACCGAGGGCCUCCAAGGUGGCCUUGAUUUUUUCGGCGUCUUCCUUACCGACGUUGUCCUUCAAGACCUUUGGUGCGGACUCGACAAACUUCUUGGACUCAACCAAGGAGAGACCCAACAUACCCUUGACUUCCUUGAUGAUCUUUGGCUUGGACUUGGCGUCGAAAGACUCUAACUUGAUGGAGAAGAUAGUCUUCUCCUCAACCUCUUCCUUGAUCUCCUCAGCCUCGACGGCGGCUGGGGCAGCUUGGGCAGCGCCGCCAGAGGGGAAGGCAAUAUCUGGGAUGUUCAACUUGGUUUUUAACUCGGCAACCAAGGCAGAGGUUUCCAACAAGGUCAACUGGGAGAUGCUGUCGACGAUCUGGGUGAUCUUUGGAUCGACA